AAGUUGCGUCAGCUCCAUAUACAGCUGCUACAGACGACACGUGGGCAUCCGCAGGGUUUGGGUCGUACGGCAAACAUACGAGUCAUCCACAAUGGCAGCAGUUAAAGAGGUUCAAGAGACUGCAGCCGUGAAACUGGGCACCCUUCUUGACGCGGGGGAAGGCGCAUUCGUGACGCUGGUGGCGGGGGAGACGCGGCUGGCGGCGCAUAGGUCUGUCCUGGCCGCCAGGAGCCCCGUGUUCCAGGCAAUGUUCCAACACGACACGCUGGAGGCCAGCAGCGGCCGCGUCGUCGUCACAGACGUGGAGGGCCCGGUGAUGAGGGAGCUGCUGGACUACAUGUACACCCUCCAGGCCCCCCAGCUGCCCGACAUGGCACUUAAGCUGCUAACUGCCGCUGACAAGUACGGCGUGUCUGGGUUGAAGGCUGUGUGCGAGGAGCAAGUGACCGCUCAGCUCGCCGUGGAAAACGCGGCGGCCACGGCGGUGCUUGCGGUGAGGCAUUCCUGCCCGAGUCUCACUGCGGCCACAGUCGCCUUCAUAAGGGCCCACAACUUCCAGGUGAUGGCCACGCAGGGAUGGGCAGAUGCGAUGCGCAGCCAGCCAGAAGACUUAAUCGAAGUGAGUCGGCUGCUUGCUGACCCACCAGCCGAAACCAGCGCGCCAGCCACCCACGCCGCUCCCCGCCAGCCGCCCUCGGCUGCCUGCGACACCCCUCCACUGUUUGACGUUGCCGUCUCCUACUAUCGGAGCCUUUCGGAAGAGGAGAGAGCCAGAAGGUUGAGAGAGGCUGCUACUGAUGGGGCAGUGGAGAAGCUGCGGGCACUCCUCGCAGCAGGGGUGGAUGUUGGGGCUGGCGAUGAUGAGAUGCUGACUUCACUGCACUGUGCAGCAAGGGAGGGACAUGUGCAGGCGGUGAGAUGUCUGCUGGAUGGUGGCGCCCAGGUAGACACCAGGAGCAACUUGCAGAACACGCCUUUACACCUGGCUGCAUGGAAAGGCCGUGUGGCUGUGGUGCGCGUCCUGCUGACCUCUCUGCUGACCCGAAUGCCAGGAACACAUUUGGGAAGACGCCGCUGCACAGGGCGGCACUCCACGGUCGUGCAGAGGCGGCUGCUGCACUGUUGGACGCAGGAGCUGACAGGAGUGCAAGGGAUAGCGAUGGGAAAAGCCCCCUGGAACUGGCCAGGCAGAACAAUCACCAGGAGCUGAUAGAGAUGCUGACGUAACAUUUACAGUCCUGAGAACAUACGUUGGGAAAAGGAAUAAUAUUCACUGCAUAGCUUUCCGUUAUUUAUAAACAAAAACUGCAAAAAAUUAAUUAUAUCAUUCACUUGUAACCAUCAUUGUGUAGUAGAUAUAGCUCUUCAGCGACACUUCAACAAGCAUGACAAUGAAAGUACUUUGCAAGUAAUCUUUCUUUCGAGUAAAUGGUCUGAAGAAACAUUUCUCAAGCAAUCUCUACAAAACUGAACAACAUGUGGAAAACAUUUGCUUUGAUACUUUGAAACUUGAGAUAGCCAGGGAUUCUUCUAGCCCAUAAAAUGUUCAAAAAAUUACAGAAUUGUAGUCAGAUAAAGUCCUUGACAACCGUCAAUACUUCGAUAGUGAUCACCUAACCAUUUUAAAGUCACAAAUUGCGAAAUAUCGGCGAUUGUCGAAGAUGUGACACUGUUGCACGCUCAUAAGUUGAGUGAACUAAUCCUCUGCAUUAUGUGAUUACUGAAAAGUCAUGUGCUAUCUUAAACUAGUGUGAAUUUCACUAUACCCAGAUCACUGCCGUAUAACCUGUGUGGUUAUAAUACAAAUUCAGUCCCAAUCUCAUGCUGAAUCUACUUCCCUGACUGCAGUACGGAUUGUGUAAUAGUUUGUGUCUUUAACUCCAUUAUACCAUUAGUCCAUUAUAUGUUGUGAAGAUCUGUCAUCUGCAACCACAUUUGAGGCGCACAGUUCCAAAAUCCUCCUUAUCCAUUUUUGCAAAUUUUUCAGGAAACGAAAAAAACGUUUCUUGCUCGCCUUCAGUAAAGCAAAUGUGUUUAUUCAUAUUUAUUAUAUCGAGGUACUUACAUAUAUUGUUAUACCUGAGUGCUGGAUAUAAUUCGUGACAUGUAAGGAAGAUAUUUACAAAUUAUGAUUGGAUAAGGCUUGUUUUGGAACUCAACAUUGGAUAUGGAGUUUGGAACUGUCAUCAUGGAUAAGGGCGGGUUUUGCAAAUGUAGCUAAAACUUAAUAAUGGUCAUUUUCGUCAUUAAUUGGAGUUAUUAUCGACGUUCUUUUCGUCACAUAAAUAUUGACAUUUUUAUCGGUUGUAAACGGUAGUUUAAGUAUUUUAUGAUUAUAAUUAGUGUAAAAAAUAUAGUUAAUGUCCUUGAAACAACUGAUAUGCUGCCAUAAUUUAAGAGUAGCAUAUUUAUUUAAUGUCUAUGAAAAUAAAAAAAGGAUCGAAAGAGACGCGUAUGUACGGCCGAGGAGGAAGGACGUAUUUUGUGGUGCUCACACUGUUUUGUUUCGUGGUACGGAAGGCAGCCAUUGAGCAGCUACACAUAUUUUAUAUAAGUUAUUCGUAUUGAUUGCUAAAAUAAAAUUGUUAUUAUUAUCACAAAAUGAAUUUCUUUG